AGCCCCCCUUCUGAGUGAGCGUGCCGCCUGCCCUGUGCCUGUGUCCUCCCUGCAGCUCUGAACCUGUCUGCGCCUAGGUACCUAGUAAGGUUGCUUGCUGCCUUCCGCCUCGACCGCUCAUCUGUGUGCCAGUGUCUGUGUCAGUGCCACUGCCACCUUCUGCCUGUGACUCUCUGCUCUUCCUCAUUCUUCUUCUGCCUGACGCAAGCAAAUCGUAACCUAAACCUUUUUCUCAUUUUACCUUAUCUAUCGCCAACUCCAUCUUCUUUUUUCCCUUUUCAUACUUUCCCGAAUUUUCCGCUGCCACAAGUCAACCAUCCCAGCAGCUUGAUUCCACCAUCGAUACCACUCUUACCGCCUCUACAACUUAUCAACCACUACUGUCAACAUGCGCAGCAAGUUCAAGGACGAGCAUCCCUUCGAGAAGCGCAAGGCUGAGGCCGAGCGCAUUCGACAGAAGUACUCUGACCGCAUUCCCGUUAUUUGCGAAAAGGUCGAGAAGAGUGACAUCGCGACCAUCGACAAGAAGAAGUACCUUGUCCCCGCCGAUUUGACCGUCGGUCAGUUCGUCUACGUCAUCCGCAAGCGAAUCAAGCUCUCCCCCGAGAAGGCCAUCUUCAUCUUCGUCGACGAGGUGCUUCCCCCAACGGCCGCCCUCAUGAGCAGCAUCUACGAGGAACACAAGGAUGAGGACGGUUUCCUAUACAUUACCUACUCCGGCGAGAACACCUUCGGUGAUGCUUGGGAGUAAGCUGUGUGGAAUCGGUUCUAUAUCCCACCUCGAGAAUGAUGAAGGCGUUACGGUCGUAUUUGGGUGAAUAUUCGUUGGUCACUGGUUAUGUUCACGUUAUCUUUUGAGUCCGUACUUCAGACUUCGAUAGAGUGUCUGCUGCUCUUUCUGGCAACACGUCUGUUUACUCGCUCGAUCUAGCAAUGCAGCUACGGUUCGAAGUGCUUUUUUCUUCCUUUUCCGAAUUAUCAGGUUUAUUUUGAUCAGUGACACAAUUUUCCGAGUCUUUGAAUAUGGUAUCAGAAACAAUGUACAAGCAGCUCAUGGUACAGUCACGCCGAGCGGAACUCCCACGAGAACCAAGAUUAGGCAGCUGCAGCUAUCACCUGAUUACCCCAACUUGGAACCGUGAGCGCUAGCACGCCAUGUGCCUGAAUGGCUUGUCAGCCGUGAUCGGCAUUUAUGUCUACAAAUACUGAACUUGUCACUGAUAAGGUAACUUGUGAUAACUUGCGAGAGUGCCGUUUACAGCUUAUAAAACCUCUGAAUAAUUUAAUGAUAUACCAAGGAUAAGAUGUCACGAUUUUUGGAUUUUGAGGCAACAUCGCGCUGAUUCUCACAGCCCAUGCCUCAUACCAUUUCCUUAUAGAAUACCAUGACAGCGUAGCGAAAAGAGCCAUUAGCAUAACCCCGUCUCAUUGCGCGAAAUGACUGCAAGAAAGCAAUACCGUCCCGGCCUUGAGUAAACGCAAAUGCCCAAAGAGAUGGGUUCUGCACAAGUGACCAAACAAGACUUUAAGCCCGGC